UCUUGAAUGGGAUUGUGGCACCGAUCUCCUCCGGUUGAGGAGGACGAGACGUCGAGCUGACAGAGUGGUAAAGGCCACCACGUUACACGUUUCAGUCCACCACACCGUGUCCUCAGGCCUCAAUCCAACCAGGACAAUAAUAGGAAGAGGUUUGAUUGUCAUAUGAUACACGUCGGUAAGGGAUUCAAAGACAUUCUUCCGUGUGACAACGCCAAAGGACUGAGGGCCUUCUUUGAUGCCAUAUGCUACGGUCCCAAACAUCUGAUGAUCUUUGGUGGUGUCUGCCCCUCUGUGACCUCCAUCAUUGCAGAGUCCUUGGAGGGCUGGAACCUGGUGCAGUUGUCCUUUGCAGCAACAACCCCAGUUCUGGCGGACAAGAAAAAAUACCCAAACUUCUUCCGCACUGUCCCGUCAGACAACGCUGUGAACCCAGCUGUGGUGAAGUUCCUGAGCUACUACAACUGGAGCCGUGUGGGAACCCUCACACAGGAUGUUCAGAGGUUCUCAGAGGUGAGGAAUGACCUAACUAGUGAGCUGGAGAAAGCAAACAUUCAAAUCGCAGAUACAGAAAGUUUCUCCAACGACCCCUGUGUCAACGUCAAGAAACUCAAGGACAAUGACGUGAGAAUCAUCAUUGGCCAGUUUGAUGAGAACUUGGCUUCCAAAGUCUUCUGCUGCGCGUAUAACCUGAACAUGUUUGGCAGUAAAUACCAGUGGAUAAUCCCCGGCUGGUACCAGGGCAACUGGUGGGAACAGGCCAACAGCACCAACUGCACCACCAAGAAGCUGCUCACAGCCAUGGAGGGAUACAUCAGUGUGGACUUUGAGCCGCUCAGCGCUCGACAAAUCAAGGGCAUCUCUGGCAGGACCCCUAGGGAGUAUGAGAGGGAGUACAGCCAAGAGCUGCGGCAGAAAGGUGUGGAGUCCAGCAAGUUUCAUGGCUUUGCCUACGAUGGGAUCUGGGUCAUUGCUAAAACAUUUACCCGAGUGAUGGAACUGUUACGGAUCAAACAACGGCAAAACACCUUUCACAACUUCACAGUGGAUGACCGCGAAGUGGGAAAGAUGGUGCUGGACGUCAUGAAUGAGACCAACUUCUUCGGUGUGACGGGUCAAGUCAUGUUUCGGAACGGAGAGAGGAUGGGCACAAUAAAAUUCAACCAGUUUCAAGAGGGCCAGGAAGUGAAGGUGGGAGAGUACAACGCAAUCGCAGAUGUGCUGGACCUCAUCAACAACUCCAUAAGGUUCCAAGGCAUGGAGCCUCCCAAGGAUCGUACAUUUGUCCGUCUGCAGCGACGCCACAUCAACGUUCCCCUCUACAGUAUCCUUUCCACUAUCACCAUAUUGGGCAUGCUGAUGGCUGGGGCCUUCCUGUUCUUCAACAUAAAGAACCGCAACCACAGGCUAAUCAAGAUGUCCAGUCCCUACAUGAACAACCUGAUCAUCCUAGGAGGCCUGCUCUCCUACGCCUCAAUCUUCCUGUUUGGUCUGGACGGAGGUUUUGUCUCUGACAAAGAGUUUGAGACGCUGUGCACGGUUCGGACGUGGAUCCUCAUUGUUGGAUACACAACGGCUUUCGGCGCCAUGUUUGCCAAGACCUGGAGGGUGCACGCAAUCUUCAAAAAUGUGAAGAUGAAGAAGAAGAUCAUAAAGGACCAGAAGUUGUUGAUUAUCGUUGGCGGGAUGCUGCUAAUCGACUUAUGCAUCCUCAUUUGCUGGCAGAUUGUGGACCCGCUUAAGAGGACUGUGGAAGAAUACAGCUUGGAGGCGGACCCCCAAGGCCGAGACAUAGCCAUCCGUCCCUUCUUGGAGCACUGUGAGAACACCCACAUGACCAUUUGGCUGGGUAUUGUCUAUGCCUACAAGGGACUGCUAAUGUUGUUUGGCUGCUUCCUGGCAUGGGAGACCAGGAAUGUGAGCAUCCCUGCUCUCAAUGAUAGCAAAUACAUCGGGAUGAGUGUGUAUAACGUCGGCAUCAUGUGCAUCAUCGGUGCUGCAGUGUCUUUUCUGACCAGGGACCAGCCCAAUGUCCAGUUCUGCAUUGUGGCGCUGGUCAUCAUCUUUUGCAGCACCAUCACGCUUUGUCUGGUCUUCGUUCCCAAGUUAAUCACCAUGAGAACCAACCCAGACGCAGCCACCCAAAACCGAAGAUUAAAAUUCACCCAGAACCAAAAGAAGGAAGACUCCAAGACCUCCACCUCCGUCACCAGCGUCAACCAGACUAACACUUCGCGACUGGACGGGCUUCAAACUGACAACCACCGGCUCCGCAUGAGGAUAACAGAGCUGGACAAGGAGCUGGAGGAAGUGACCAUGCAACUGCAGGACACCCCGGAGAAAACUCCCUACAUCAAACAGAACCAUUACCCAGACGCCAACAACAUCCUCAGCAUACGUAACUUCACAGAUGGCAAAGAUGGAGAGAAGUCAAUACUGAAGAACCACUUGGAGCAGAAGCCUCAGGCGCAGUGGGGCUCCAUGGAUCCUUCCAGAAUAAACAGAGGUCCCCUGGAGGAUAUCAACUCACCCGAACACAUACAACGUCGACUGUCCUUGCAGCUGCCCAUCCUGCACCAUGCCUACUUACCUUCCAUAGGAGGGGUUGAUGCCAGCUGCACCAGCCCCAACGGCAGCCCUGGUUCCAGCCCACGGCACAGACACAUGCCCCCCUCCUACCGGGUAAUGGUCUCUGGCCUGUGAGCUUCGUUCACUCCCCCACCUGGCUCUUUGCAGAGGAGACAUAUAUGGUUCUUUUUUUCUACAACAAAUAGACUGAUAUCAUCAGCGUAUGUGCGUAUUUUGUCUCAGAACAAGGAGGACAGGGGGAGAAGAGAGUGAGGCGGGUCCGAGUUUCACUCUUCGUACCUCUUCACACCAGCCUCUCUUGAGAACUGAAACCCUCAGUCAGGAAGGGGUGAGAGGAGACAGAGUGGGCACUGGAUGACCCUUACAAACUCCCAUGAUUCACAGCAGUGUCCCCUUGUUCAUCUGCUCCCCUUUGCCUAGGCAUAUACACAUAUGCAUAGUCAACCAAACACAAGCAUACACAAAGACACACACAAACACACACAUGCACAAACACACUGACACCCCAAUAGCAGAGCAGCAGUGGACCAGCCCUGACCUGACCUGUAGCCUUAUCUGCUUCAGAGGGGAUUGUCUGUUUUUGUUCCUUAUCUGUUGUGUGUACGUGCUCGCGGCUAUGUGUGAGCUUGUCAUCUAACUUGAGUAUUUCACUGCUUCAGUGACUGGGUGCCGGUGUGGAAUUUACAGAACUCAUCAAAGGAAUCAUCCAAUUUACUCCCCCGUACCCUUCCCAACCUUGUGGAGACAUGUAAAUAUCAUAAUUUCUGACUUUGAUGUACUGUAAGCUUUGUAUAUGCUGUGGAUGGACAAUUAAAGGGUUCUGAGUGUGGAGCUUGUAACAGA